AUGUCAACCCAAGGGGAUCUCAAAGCAACAGAUGACUUGUCAGCCUUGGAGGAUGUCCCGAUUUGGAUCUUGCCUGGGGUGUUGUGCUCGAUCCUUUCUGUGAUGGACGCUCUUCAGGUCCACGCCAAGGUUGGACCUGACGCCUCAUUUGCGACUUGGAUGAACAUGUGGCUUCUCCACGGAGUGGGAGAGAAGUCAAGCUCUGUCAAACUGGAGCAUUCUUUGUCCCUGCUGGGCAGGCGUUCCUCAGUCGCGAAUUCGCCCUUUGCCCAGCUGUCGAAAACUGGCAUUCGUAUUUGCCUGGUGCAACGAGGUAGCCGUGCCGGCUGA